CCGGAAAAGCCGAGCAACCUGCGCUUCUCUCAGGUCGGCGAAUCCUCCUUCAAUUUGACCUGGGACUCUCCGGAUCCACCCAAUUCAAUUAUUUCUCACUACAAUAUUCGGCUGUCCACGCCGGAUAAUAAGUUUGUCGUCAAUUUUAAUGUGUCAGGCGAUAAAACUUCACUUAUUGCCUACAACUUGAGCAAACUGGAGGUCUACGAGAUGAGUAUUUCUGCUGUAGGCUCACCUGACAGCGAAGGAAAAGGAGGAGGUGCUGGGUCUUCUUCGGAAAUUGCCAAAGUUCAGACUGCCCAUCCAAAGUCUCUCUCUUGUCCCGUAGGAUCCGUUUCCUAUCUCCCUGGUUCAGGUACUCCAGUUGACCCCUGCCACUCUGUCCGGUACACUCACGCAUCGCUGCGUAGACCCACUUGCUUCUCCAUUGUUCUUUUCUGGUCUCGUUGCGAUGUCUUUUCCACGAUCCAGUCGUCUUCUUUUUGCUCAUCUUUCUGUUGCCUGGUCUUCUCCCAGUCCGCUUGGGCAGUAUGCAAAGUUUUCGCUAAUCCUGCCUCCGUCAAGUCUCCUGUUCAUUGGAUUUCUUUCGGUCAGGAUUGUGCUUCCUUCUUGCAUCUUGCGCCCUCUUGUGUCUGCACCAUAUGCGGACAGACUUUCUGCCGUCUCGUUCGAGCAAGUUGUUGCGCUAUUUCGCAUCUUUCUGUAUUGUUCUUCGAUGCUCAUGCCAAUUUUUCUUGCUGUUUCCCCAAAACACUUCUGCUCACAUUUGCCGCAUUCGAUGCGAUACACUUUCGAGCAGACCAGUUUGUCAACCUUCUCGUGUUGCGUCGGCAGGCUGGUGAAGAGUGUCGUCUUCUGUUUGCGAUUAUAUUCAUAUUUCAAGUGUUUAGUGGAGGUCGCAGUCUCUGGCUCAAUUCACAAGAGUGCAGGAAUAUCCACUUUUGGUCGUCCUCCCGAUUCCUGACCUUAUUUGCAUAA